AAUAAUCGUUACAUUCGUAUCGGCGAAACUACGUAUAUGGUUAUUGGCUUCGUAACUAGUUACUGAAACCGAUUACGAUAAAUAACGCCCACCGCUAUAUGUAACACACAGAUUUGACACAGAUAGUCAUUAGUCAUAGUACAGAUAGUAAAAUUAGUUAAAACUUUUUUAAUUCAACAAAGAGUGUCAAACUAACUGAAACUAACUCGUUAAUCGAACAUGGCUAAAAAUACUUCAAAUUCCGCUUUCCGUAAAAUAGACAUAGAUCAGUACAACGAAGAUAACUUCAAAGAAGAUGAGUCUGAACAGUCCAUACCCACCGGACCUGAUGAGGGAGAAGUCUGUGCAUUACUAAAUCAAGGUCGCUACAUUGACGCACUCAAACAUGUUUUGAAUAAUGCUCCCCUUGGAUCGCCCAAUCAGCAAAUAAAAGAUAAUGCUCUAGCUUUGACACUGAAAGUCCUCCUUGCAAUCAAAUCUGCGCAGAUCGAAGAAGCUGUUGGCACUUUGUCAGUAGACGACAUAGACAUUCUAAUGAAAUACAUCUAUCGAGGUUUUGAAUAUCCAUCCGAAGGAUCAAGCGGACAUCUUUUGCUAUGGCACGAGAAAGCUUUUAACAUUGGUGGGUCUGGUUCUAUUGUUCGAGUUCUAUCUGACAGGAUGACAGUUUAAAAUUUAAAUUGUAAUUAAAUAUUGUACUUUAUAAAUUAUUUAAUAAAUUUGAUAUUACAA